CUCUUUUUAAAAUGUUCAAAAACAAAAAACCAAUAAAAUUAAACACACAUUUACUUCUUUUUUUUCAUCCGUUAACGACAUUUGUCAUAACAAGUAAUUUAGGUACAAUUCUCAAUGCGAGACACGAAUUUAUGAUUCUUUCUUAUUUACCGCUAAUUAUCGUCAACGUUGCUGGAGCAAACAACCUCGGAGGAUUCGCACGUUAAAAACAUGUUUUGGACAUGGACCUCUGCUCUAAAGAUCACUCUUUUUCUUCUCCUUGUUUCUUGUGUUAUUGCUGCUAUCUUGAUUCUCCCAAUUCAAAAGAUUCUGAAUGAUUUCUUGAUAUGGGUUGAUCAUGAUCUUGGGGCAUGGGGUCCCCUUGCUCUGGCAAUUGCUUACAUUCCUUUGACUAUAUUGGCAGUUCCGGCCUCUGUACUUACCCUUGGCGGUGGUUAUCUAUUUGGCCUUCCAAUUGGCAUUAUUGCUGACUCUAUUGGUGCAACCCUCGGUGCGGUAGCUGCAUUUCUUCUUGGUGGAACAAUUGGGAAAUCAUUUGUUGUUGCUAAGUUGAAGGACUAUCCACAAUUUAAAUCAGUGUCAAUUGCAAUCCAGAGAUCUGGCUUUAAGAUUGUGUUUCUGCUUCGGCUUGUUCCAUUACUUCCGUUUAAUAUGUUAAAUUACCUCCUAUCUGUGACUCCUGUUUCAUUAUGGGAAUACGCAUUGGCGUCCUGGUUAGGAAUGAUGCCAAUAACGGUGGCACUUGUGUACGCUGGAACAACACUCAAAGAUCUAUCCGAUGUGACGCAGGGUGGGGGAGAGUUAUCAACGACUCGUUGGGCUUUCAUAAUUUUGAGUCUAGUCAUAUCUGUGGUUUUGAUGAUUUGUGUUACUAAAGUUGCCAAGUCUGCUUUAAAUAAUGCCUUGGCUGAAUGCGGAGAUGAUGUGAGUGACACUACAUCUAACUCAGAACAGCCCAUUGUCACGGAACCUUUAGUAGAUCUCAGUCAGCCUCUUGUUAAUGAGGUAGAUCAGAAUCAAGAAAAUCGACAACAGUAAACACGUAAACUACUGUGUAAAUUCUUACUCCACCCCCACCUUCUAAAGGUUAUUUAUGUUUUUUUUUCUUACAUAAAAAAAAUGCUUAAGCAGUUGCUGCUAGUUGCUAUUUAUCUGUGAUUUGUAUUGUUCCAACAUUAGAAUUGGUUAAUUAUAUAUACAAUCAAGAUGAGGGCAUUGUAUAUGUAUAAGAGGAGAAAAGUUCAUAGUAUGAACUAUUCCUGA